UGCCAGUCCGCAUGCGCGAGGGAGGAAAAGCACGUCGGGCUCUGUUCCCCACUCCCUCCCCAUUCUUUUACUCCCUUCAUGAAGAUGGCGGCGGUCACAGUCGGCGAGGCAGUUUGCGGCGACGGACCAACGGGCGGGAAACGGGCGCACCUGGGCAUCCCCGAGGCCAUCUUCGUAGUAAGCAAAAAUGUGGGCGCGGGGUGGGUGGGAAAUGGGGAGCCACGCGGAGGGGGCGAGAGUCGACCUCGAGUACUGAGGUGAACGUGGGGUGGGGGGGGUGUCUUGCGUGGUGUGCUGGUUGCGCAUGCGCUUCAGUUUUGACAGGGAGCUGGGGGUGGGGUGGGGGCCUCCUCAGGAAUGAUGUCCGGGAGGCUGUCAGCCCCAAAGACCCUCUUUUCCGACCGGCGCCCUCCCCGCGGGGCAGGAGGCUCUGCGGCACCUGGCAUUUAGGGGUAGACUGCCUGUUAGUAAGGAGGCCCUGAUCCCUUCAUGUAGCGCCGGCGGCGGCCUUCCCUGCAGUAACUGGCGUUUUAAGGUAGCCUAUUGUUAUUAUUAUUAUUUUUUAUUAUAAGGAACGGGCAGGAAGCCCUGCCAAGUUAGCCGAAGACAGCAGCCUGUUUUUAGUUUGGGAAAAGACUGCCAGCAGGCGAGGCAGGAAUGCGAGGACUCCGCUGGUCUUCAGAGGCAGGUUAGGUGUCACGCCUCUGGGGAAAUAAAUCCAGCAGGGAAGAUGGGGGCAAGAAUGUGGGGAGGGGGCAGCCUCUUCUGCUUUUUGCGCCCCACCCACUUCGGAUUUCAAGAGUGAUUGCCUUUUAAUGCGAAGGUUCCGUGGUCUGUAAUAUACCGGUACUUACUGCAUCCCACCUUUCCUCUCAGAGAGCCUAAGACACUGCCCGUUGCUCUUCCCCCCUCAUCCCUAUUCUUAUAGCAACACUGCAAGGGAAGCUAGCUUGAAGAGAUACUGCCAGGUCCCAACAAGCUUCACGGUUGUGCUAGUCUUGCGAACUAUAACUGCUAUAAUGUCAUGGUUUAAUAGGUCUGUGUACCAUGGAUUUGUCUUCUGUAAGAAGAGCCGAGCUGGCUCGGAUCAAGUAAGAAUUGCUUCCAAGUGACCAGGAAGUGGGGGCUUUUAUACUGUAAACAAGGAGAGGGAAUGAAAUAGUGUAGUCAGUUCUGAGCACCAUGGACUAAUGGUCUGGCUCAGUGUAAGGCAGUUAUGCUUCUAUGAGCGCCAGUGUGAUGCAACAGAGACUGGUUUAUUAGGCCAUAUGCUAACAUUUUGCUACCAGUAGUUGAGUAGCCAAUUAUACACGGAAAGCAGUAAUCUUCCCUUGCUAUUGGCUCCCCCCCCCAAAAAAAAACCCCUUGUAGUCUUUAAGUUUGCCUAUCUUAUGAAUCUAAUUCAUUAUGAAGAAUAAGAGGCCUGCUGGAUCAGAUUGAACAUUUCUCUAGACAGGCAUUUGUUUGCUUUCAGUGACCAGCUAGAUACGUCUGCAUAUUCCCAGGGGGGAGGGGGCUGGCUGCAUAGCUGCCAUUCCUUUCAGGCAACCUGUUUAUGUGGGAUUGAUACUAAAAGGAGAAACUAACCUUGGACUCACUUCCCAAACAUUUUACUGCUUGACUAUGCUGUUUAUGCUUUUGAAUGUAGAAGAGUAAGCAAAAUUAUUGUUAUUUGUUCAAUUUUAGUAGCCAGCUGACAUAUAAGAGGUCUCUAAAUGACUUAGGAAAUUUAAAAGCAAAAAAGGGUAGGCAAGCAAGUGGUUAGAAAUGGUGAGGAGGGCCAGGGGACUCUCGGUAGUGGGUCUCAUACUGGAGGAGGGUCUUUGGCUGGUGCUUGGCCAUUCCUGUCCCCAAUGCCAGCCCUGGAAGAAGUCAGAACAGGCCACGCUUUGACCAACCAACUCUUCACAUGGUUGUAUGAAUUGAAGCUUUGGGAGUUACUUAUGUAUAAUGUGUUUCUACUCGAAGGAAGAUGUAGAUUCCUUUAUGAAACAGCCAGGAAAUGAGACGGCAGACACCGUACUCAAGAAAUUGGAUGAACAGUAUCAGAAAUAUAAAUUUAUGGAGCUUAACCUUGCCCAGAAGAAAAGAAGGUAGGUAUUUUCUGUGGUGUCCUUUAUAAGGAUUAUUCUAAAGUUAUAAUGCUACUCCCCAUGUCAUCAUGCAGACUGUUCUUUGGCUAAAAUUUAAUAAGCUACUACCCUUUAAGAAGCUAGACAGUUGUUGCUACAAGCUGAUGCACUGGUAGGAUACUAAAACAACUUACAAUACUAGGACUGUGGUCCAACUUGUGAGGAAUGUCUGAAAGACACAUAAGAGUAUUUGACAUGUUUGCAGUUAAUAUUUUUCUGCUUUAUAUCAUGACGUAAAUGAGCUGGUUUUUACAGUAAUGAUGGGGCCACUGUAUUAAAUAAUUAGGUAUCUGCACCCACUGUUGCUUUUUGUCAUGCAUUAUUUUGCUUGACUAGGAGUUAAAGUAAAUCCAGGUGAAAAAUUAGACAAUGAGCCUGGCCAUACCAUCGAACAAAUUUUGAUGGCAAUAAUUAUUACUGGAAUAGAAAAAAAGCAAUCACAUCUUUGCAUUAAUCAACAGAAGCGUUCAUUCAAAAGAAUAGGGUCAAGUUUCCAUAUGCUAUUGCAUGUACAAUCACAUUGUAUACUUCUGGGUUUCGCCGCGCAUGCGCAGAAACGGCGCAUCAUGUUGUGGACUUUUCAGGGUAUGUAAGGACCCUCGGAACGAGUUAAAUAUUAAGUGUACUGGUGUCCACCUAAUUCUAUUGCCUGCAGUCACACCUAAGUUUGCAUUAGAGAUAAAUUGAGUUUUGGGGGAAGAAUUGUUAAAUACUGGGGCUACUAGUACCAUUGUUAGAGGUAAAUGAUCGCUUUCAAUAUUAUUGCCCAGCUCUAACUCCAUGACAACCUUAUAUGCAAAUCACAAGAUCACAAUAUAAUCUAUCACACUGCCUCCAUGCUUUGUAAAGUGGGUAUAUUCUCUGGGUUGAUGUCCCUCUAUCAUGCUGUUCAAUAUUAGCAAGUCCCUCCGCCAUACAACUUGGGCUAAACAAAGCUCUGAAUAAUUGCAUUUAUGAUGUAAUUAGACAGGUGGGAGGUACCUCUGGCUAAGUAAAUACCUCGUUUCAGAAUCUGAUUGUAAUGGGUGUACAAAUUUACAUCGUUAACUCCCAUAUGUAUGUUAAAACCCCCUGCAAUGAUAAACUGCGGUAGGAUAUAGGGAUUCCAUGGAUUCUAUAUAAUUCUCUACGUCUGUCCAGAUAGUAUUUACAGUAGUUUUUUUGUUUGUUUUGUUUUUUGACAAGGUGGUAUGUAGACAUUAAUCAGCAUUAAACAUACUUUCAAAACUACAACCAAGACAGCAGUUGCAAAUGGGUUACAUGGAAUCAUGGCUGUUGUAGUUGCAUUCAACUUUGUGGAGAUGAAACAUGCUAGACCCCCCACUGACCCUACCACCUUUCAUUGAGGGAGUGGUUGUCAAUGAGUGACAUUUGUUUCUGUUAAUCAUUAUGGAGUCAUUGUGCCAUGUUUCUUGAAGCAGAAUAAUAUCAAAUUGCACAAAAUAGUUCAUCAGUUGUCUAUUGUGACAGCCUGCUAUGUUCCAUGACAUCCGUUUUAGCCCCAAGUCCUUUAAGGCUCUGGCCUUUUGGUUCCACUUUGUCCAGGUACCCAAUUUCAUCUUUAAAAAUGCUUCAAUUCCUCUUAUCAGUGGGAACCCAUUCAACGGUGUUGGUAUACUUUUUGAUUAUCGGGAGAGGACUACCUAUUUAAUUUGGAACUAAUUUCCAAUAGCUCAGCCAGGAAUUUGUAGUCACACCAUCAGGAUUGUCCCUAACCAUAUCAUCUUCCAAGGGGGGUUGAGUUUGCAGUUUGCAUCUAUACAUUUAAAAGUUUCUCUGGUAGUCCUCUUUUUAAGUAUACAUUUUGGAGAAACAGUUUGUGGGCAAAAGGUUUGAUUGUCAGUUGUUUCACCAACGUUUUGUUGUCCAUGCUGUUGUAUUUGGGUCAACCUGGACUGAAACUUAGCUAGUUUGGUGAGAAUACCACUUUGCUCUUUAUCUGGUAGGUUAAUAAAAUUACUUAGCAAAUCCUCUUUUUCUGGGCUAUCCAGUCUGCUAAAUCUGGAGGGUAAUUUUUAUUCAGAACUGCUAUAGAUUGAUUAGACCUCUUGAAUUUUCCUUGCAUAAUAUCUGGAGUUUCAGAUAAUAAUUCUUCACAUUGACUGUGAUCUUCUUCAAUAAUAGGACAAAUGUCAGCUUUAGUUGAGGUGACUUUGUUCCUCCUGAUCGCCCUUUUAGGUACAAACAGUAGCUUAAGUGAUGUGUCUUCAAAAUGCUGAUAAGGGAAGACUCCUUUCCUGGCUAAAUGAGCCUUUUUUUUUCAUGAUUAUAGCUGGAAUUCUAUGGGUGCUGAAAGUUAGAAGAGUUGUCUUGCAACAUGCAUUGUUAAAGAACCCCUUGGUUGAUUUUAAUUCAAUAUUUCCAACAUCACAACUGAGGCGUAAGUUCAAAUGUAGGCUGACUCCCAAUAAGGCAAGGGUCCCUUAUAUGGAAAUAUCUGUAGAACAACCUCACAUGCUGGACUGAGUGUUUCUGCCCUACCUCCAAACCCCAAUUAUAUAUAAAGCAGAUUAGAUUGUUUAGUAAGUGUAGCAGAAAUAAUAUUUUAUAUCUGUUUUAUUCACAGGUUAAAAAAUCAAAUUCCUGAAAUUAAGCAGACAUUAGAAAUCUUAAAACACAUGCAGAAGAAAAAGGUAAAUACCUUUUACAAUGUGGUGGGUAUUUAUCUUAUCUACAAUGCUACAUCAAUAGUUAUCACAAAUCAAUCUUUAUUUGGCUGUAGAAAAUUAUUGAUAAUGACUAAUUUUAACACAAGUGCUCUAGCCAUGUUCAUUUGUCAUCUCUCCUUUCGGUAGGAAUCCACAAAACUGAUGGAAACCAGAUUUUUAUUGGCAGAUAACCUCUACUGUAAAGCUUCUGUUCCUCCUACAGAUAAAGUUUGUCUUUGGUUGGGGGUAAGUAAAAACAUGUUCACACUUACUAAGCAUCUAUUUUCAGCCACAAACAUGGCUGAAAGGCUACAUGAGUUCUGAAUAUUACGUUAACAUUUCAUGAUGUUAUUUGGCCACGCAGCUUGGUAUCAACCUCCCCCCGCCGCAAUGGAAAUCAUUACCCAUUUCCAAUCUCUGGAAUUUUUUGGAACAGCAGGGACAAAAGCCUCUUAGCAACAUUGCAAAAGAAUACAUUUCAGCCCAGAUCUUGAAAGGUGCAACAAUGGGCACAGUUCAACUGAUCCUUCAGACUAUGGAAAUGAACUGGGUUCUCCUCUUCCUUUGCCCUAAUGAUCCAUUUCAUCUUUUGUGUUCAAUAUUAGCCAUCGUUUGCUGUGCUGUCCAAAUAUAGGCUUUGGCUUAUACUUGCAUGAAUUGGAGGCUCCUCUGAAUUCAGUCACUGUGCAUUGUUUCAGGUGGUGCUUUAAGUUGCAUGUGCUUAAAGUUAGCAUGUGAGCCUAAGGCUCCACAUGAGUUAUUCUCAAUAACCCAAACUGGGUCUGGAAAACCAGUGAUGUGCCAAAUGUUGUUGGACUACAGCGUUCCCACUAUCUCUAACCAUUGACCAUGUUGGUUGGGUCUGACGGGAGUCCCAACAACAUCUGCAGAGCCAGAGGCUCCUCAUUUCUGACCUAAACAAUCAUUUAAAUGGUUUUCUGAACCGUACUUAACAGUAAAAUAACAAGUGAUGAAUUGCUUGCCUGGAUUAAAUAAGAAACAUGGAGUCUGCUAAACACCUUGCUUUACCCCAAAUCUGAAACAUCCAACAAAGGAGCACAUAAUCCCAGAUGAAAUUGGCAGGGAAUGUCUGGCACUCCUGCAGCAGAAUAUUUACAAAAUAUGUUUAAAUCGCAACAGUUUCUGAUUAGUUAAUUUUAUCUGCUUUUUGUAAAAUUGAGUUCCCACAACGUUCUUUUCCCAGACCAGUACUAUUUAAGUUGUUUUAAAUUAUCUGCAGUUGGAGGUGAGCAGUGAGUGAGCAAAAUUUUUGAAUGACACCAGGCUUUUCAGGAGAUCCAAAAGUGUCUCUCCAAACCUCUUAAAUGGGCAACAAAUGCAGCAGAUAGCUACAGUGUAAAUAAGUGUAAAAAAUGGCACAUGAGCUUCACAUACUGUUUUUGAACUGGUUGCAAACAGUACCACCUGCAAUAUUUAUAGCUACAUAUGCCUGCCUGCCUAUCUAUCUAUCUAUCUAUCUAUCAUCUAGCUAUGCUAUGCUUAUGCUAUUGCUUCUGUAUUCAACUUCCAUAUUCAAUGUCCAAGAUCAGUCUUUUAACUGUAAUGUGUCAAGGGUUGUGCUUAAUUUGCUAUUUUAAAUGUGUUUUAAGAUAAUGUUCUCUGUCAGAAAGGGUAAAACCAACUUAGGCUCUUGAAGGUGAAUUUGUAGUCAGUCAUUCAUUCAUUUUAACACUACUUAAUUUCAAAAGCCAUUGAAGGUUCCUCAACAUAAAUGUUGUUCUUAGGCCAACGUAAUGCUGGAAUAUGACAUUGAUGAAGCCCAGGCAUUGCUAGAAAAGAAUCUCUUCACAGCCACAAGAAACCUUGAGUCUCUCGAGGAAGAUCUGGAUUUUCUUAGGGAUCAGUUCACUACUACAGAAGUCAGUAUCCUUUUAAAAAGAGAAUUGAAUUCCUGUUUCACAAUGUUUCACAAUGUUAUGUCCUCUAUUUCUUAGUAUUCAUCCACUUUCUUUGAACGAAUCUGCUUGUGGAAACAAUUCAGGUCAAGGAAUAGUGAAUCCAGUAGCAGAUGCAGGUGUUUAUUGCAUUUCCCCAGUUUGUUCAGUCUAGAUACCACUUGCUGUGAAAAGAUACAAUAUCCUUUUUUCAUGCUGAGGGCCACAUUGACCUCUCUGGUGUCCAAAGUGUAAAAGUGGACUUUUUUAAAGGACAAAGCGGGGCAGUUAGGGUCAUAAAAGACUUUUAGGAUCACAGGAACCACCCAUGGAAGUGGUCAAUAAAUAAGAAAAUACUUUAAAAAAAAAAUUUUUUCCCAUCACUUUCUUCAAAAGAAGGUGAUCUUGGAGGGUCACAAAAGAAAAUCAUUUAGCAUCACAGUGAAAAACCGGUUAGAGCAAAAUAUACCGUAUUUUUCUCUCUAUAAGACGUACCGACCAUAAGACACACCUAGUUUUAGAGGAGAACAAGAAAAAAAAAUUCUCUCCCUCUCUGCUCAGCGCCUCUCUAGCAAAGUGGGAGGAGAAACGGAAGGGGCUCCAUUUCUCCUCCCGCUUCGCUGAAGGGGCGCUGCGCAGAGAGGGAAAGCUGCGCAGUGCCUAUCCAGCGAAGUGAAGCCAGGAGAGCAAGAGGGAUCGGUGUGCACCGAUCCCUCUUGUUCUCCUGGCUUCAGUGAAAGCUGCGCAGCCUGCAUUCGUUCCAUAAGACGCACACACAUUUCUCCUUACUUUUUAGGAGGGGAAAAGUGCGUCUUAUAGAGCGAAAAAUACAGUAAACAUUUGUGAGGAGACUUUGGAGGGCUCAAAAACAUCACAGUGGGAGACAUAUAGAGUAGUAGAAAAAAGAUUUGCACUGUCUAAAAAAUGUUUUGUAGGGAAAAUAAAUCAAAUUUUGGGGUGUGGCUUUGGGAGCUGAAUUUUGACUCAAGGCUCCUUCUCCAGAGGAAGAGCAGAGAAGGAGCUAGAGGUGAGCAAUACUCCUGAGUUCAUUUAGGCUCUUCUUUGGAAAAGAAAACCUAAAAAAAGAACAAACUUUCUUACGAUUUUUAUGCAAAGGUUUUCAUAGACGAUUUCUGGAAGUCUAAAAUGCACUGGAUUAUUCAGUACAUUUGUUAGCACCUUUUCCUGCCUUUGUUCUCCCUUAAUCUUGUCGCACUGUUGUUAAAGCCAAAGGUUUAUCUAGCUUUGAACUGAGGACAGGAUAGUUCUCAUUCAAAUUGUGAUAAGCUGGUUGUCUACCAUGCAGCAGAGAGAGUUUUAACCACACAUCUGCAUCCAGUCAGAAAAACCAGAGAAGCAGAGAGUAAGAAUUUUUUUUAACCACUUCUAAAAACAUAGGCAAGUGGUUAUUUGCCAGCCUUUCCAAAAUUACAAGUUGAUAAGUGUUCUGGUUAUCUGCAGGUAAAUACAGUCUAGUCAUUGAGAGCCAUCUUAUUCUUUCCACAAGCAUGUGCUCAGGUGCUUAACCAAGUGAAGAUGUGCUGGCUGCAGUCAUUUCCCAUGGUUUGAAAAUGGAGUUGUGAUCAUGGAAAACGCUGCCUGUUGUCCAGCCAGGUGUCACAAGAGUGUGUGCAGGGCAAGUUAUUGGCAAUUUGAGAAAGCUAGUAUUGUUGCAGGUAUUCGGGAAUAAAAACCUUUAUGAUCAAGCUCAUGCUAAGGAAACUGUAGGGCUUUUUCCUGCUGGCCCUGCACAGUGUUAUUUGUGAUCUAUUUUCAGAGCACAGACUUACAUAUUUCAGAUGAACAGAUUAGACAUUGGUUAUGAGAACAGCACUGUCUAGUAUUCAGGAAUCAAACUGCUUGUGCUAAUUAUGGGAAGCAGAUAAAAUCCAGGGAGAGGAGCAUCUGCUUUCACCUUACAGCACAAUAAUUUCCUUAACUGUGUUUUCAGAUAUGGCUAGAGUUUAUAAUUGGGACGUAAAGCGAAGAAACAAGGAUGACCCUUCCAAAAGCAAAGCAUAGUUAUUAAUAGGAUUCAUUAGUUCUGUUAUAUUAAAUGUGUUCUCAACUUUAAUCUUAGUUAGCAGACAUCUUUUUAAAAAUUGGUUUGCAAGCCCAGUUUGGUUCUGUGCAUGUUCUAUUAUUGCUGCUUUGGAACAUGAGCCAUAAAGCAUUUUGGUUCUUCCAACAUAAUCUGUCAUAGGAAAAUGCUGGCUACAAGACUUGACUGAAAAUCUGAAGUGCAUUAUAGGAACUGUCUUUUGCAAAGGGUUGUUUGUAUAUAUGAGUAUUGAGGUAUAUCAAAAUUUGGUGCUGGGAAGGUAUGGCAGCAAUAUGGGGAACAGUCUGUUGUAAUCCUGCCUCUAGCUGCUUUAGCUAUCCUCUAAACACUUCACACACACGAGCUCAUGUUUAGCUCUUGAGGAAACAAAUAAUUUAAUGCACAAUGCAAUCUGUAUGUGAUCUUACUCAGUACUGUAUUCACAUAAAUAUCUCAUCCCAAGUCUGUAAAACUGGAGGGAUCCAGGAGCAAAUGGCCUACUAUACACAUUCAGUGCAUUUGCCAUCUGUUCUAAUUCAGAUGAUUGCAAAGAUACUUGGUGGAACCUGCAUUUAAACAUGGAUGGUGUAUUUGAGCCCAGCUUCAGUUGGUUAAGAGGCUUAGUGUUAUUCCUUUUUUACUUCAUAUGAAGCUUUGCUAAAGUCUUGCCUUGGCGUCUUCCUUUUUAUUUGAAACCAUGAUGCACAUUUUAAGGUCAAAAAAGUGCUGUACUUACACUGCCGAAUAGGUGGCAGUGCAGGUUUUAUUUUAAAAUGAAAAGCAAAUGUUAACUGUGUUUUAAUUUCUUCUAAUAAACAACACUUCUGAAGUUUUUGUACUUUUAUUUCAUUAAAGGAAUUUUAUAUUUUUGGGAAGCCACCCAACACUGCUGCUGCUGCUGCUGCUUCUUCUUCUUCUUCUUCAACACUGAAACUUGAAAGACUUAUAGCAGAAACCUCUAGCGCCUGUUCCUUUCAGCAGAUGGGCACCAAAACUUUUGAAAUAAUUGUUAAUGUAAAUGUUGAUGAUGAUGGUGGAAUGGUAAAUAGAGAUUGCUUUAGUUCUUAAAAUGAUGGAGAGCUUUCAAGUUUACCCAGUGUUGGAGGUGGCAUCCCAAAGUGCUAUACCAGGGGUCAGCAAACUUUUUCAGCAGGGGGCCGGUCCACUGUCCCUCAGACCUUGUGGGGUGCCGGACUAUAUUUUGAAGAAAAAAAUGAACAAAUUCCCAUGCCCCACAAAUAACCCAGAGAUGCAUUUUAAAUAAAAGGACAUAUUGUACUCAUGUAAAAACACGCUGAUUCGCAGACCGUCCACAGGCCAGAUUGAGAAGGCGAUUGGGCCGGAUCCAGCCCCCGGGCCUUACUUUCCCUACCCAUGUGCUAUAUACCUUAAGAUCCCAAAGCAUAUUUUUGAACCUGUAGAAAAUAAAUGCAUGUUUAAAAGACAAAUCUAAUAUACUAUGGUAAAAUAAAAGGACAUUAUUUUAUUUAGAUUUAGAAGAAACAGAAGACAGCAAUAUUUCUGGUGAAUAAGAAUACAGAACUUAACAUCCAAAUAAUGCAAAAAACAUUGAUUAUGAAACAAAAUGUUUCUUUCUCAUUUUUCCUUUUGGAUUACAGAAUUUUUGUAUAUAGUUUCAUCUCUUCAAGCUAUAGAUUUCCCCCUCCUCCAAGAAGUUAGUUUUUGCCUUACUAAGAGACAAGAUGGUGCUCUUGUGAGAGUUUGAGUUGAUGGUUGAAUAAAAUUAUAUGUGUUCAAGCUGUAGUGUUUAUUAUAGAUGCUGAGUAAGGCUAAUAGUGCUUCAGCUAAAAGUUCCAUAUGGACAUUGGAUCUCCUAGAUAUGUAAGGCACGUCUUGCCUGAGCUGUUAGGGUGGAUGUAGGUUGGCAUCUUAAAACUUUAGGGAUGAGCAUGUUUCUCUUGUGUUUGUUGCUCACCUAUCUUAACUUAGAGAAUUGCUACAGUUCAUGAGUUAGCACAUUCACACUUUUCAUUUAGUCUUGGCUUGUUGCACUGUGCUUUAAUCAGUGUGUCCAUAUCUGCUAGUGUGCAUGGCAACAUAAAUGAAAAAGGCAUGAGCAAACACUAAAACUUCUUAUGGAACUGUCUGAACACAGUGCAGAAAUAAUAACAAAGGAUAGUGGAUCCUGAAAUGGUUCUACUGCUGCACAAAUGAGGUCAGCUAAUCUUGCAGCCCUAAAAUCAUGUUUUGCAUGCCUCCCACACUUCUAAAAGAUGGGUGAAAUGGCUAUCCAAGCAUCUUGAAUCGUCACGUUGCCACAGAGCAUUGGUGCCUCUUGGUUGCAAUGGGAGCAAUCAAAAGAAUUACAAGGGCACUUCUAUACAUCCAAAGGGUGUUUGGACUUGCUUGAGCAGUCACUGUCCUCUUGUUUUGUGGCACACUUUCAUUGGAGGCUUUUAAACAGGCCAGGGGCCGUCUGUCAGAUUGUUUUAGCUUUGCAUUGCAGAUGAUUGGGCUAGAUGACCAAUGAAACUCCUUCCAAAUACAAUUCUAUGAUUCUAGGAGAGUUUUAAAAGUGUGCUUCCUAAGCAUGUGCACAACUUGGGGAUGACUUAAAGUAAUUCUAUGGAUCUCUGCCUGUGAAUGUCUCCCUUUAUUUCCCGAAAGUUUCUGGUUAUUCCACAGUGGCCUAACACUGCUACUCCGUGUACCCAAUAACUCUUGAUUGUGUCUAGCCAUGAUGCAGCAUGAGGGACUGAGAAGAGCUGCGGUGCCUUUGAAAGAGCUGAGAGCCCUUUACUAUCCUAGGCAUGAUUUGUAGCCAGAACUGCUGUCUGGUAGCAGUAAUCCCACCUCACUAUAGAGCUCAGCCAGUUGAAAGCCCACUGUUAAAAUGCUUCAGAAUGGGUCAGAGUAAAGACAGUCUGAGAGCUGGUCACUUCCUGGAUGGGAAAUCUCACAUACCCUAUCUUGAGCUCCACAAAAUAAAGUUGGGAUAUACAGUAUAUUUGUGUAUGUGUGUGUGGCAAGCACCCUCUUAGGCGAUGAUAGUCCAGAGAAGAAAUUCCUUUUCUAAGACUGUGCUUCAGCAAGUUGCUGUAACACCAAACUUCCAGUGCAUUGCCCCAGGACUGCAAUAAUUCUAGGAUUCAAAUCCCUGCAGUUUAAAGGAAGAGGUAGGUGCUUACAAAUUCAGUCAUUCACACAGGGUCAUCUCAGCACAAGAUCUUGAGGCAAAUGAUGUGACAUCCUUUCUGAAGUUUCAUCAUAAGAGAAGAGUUGCUUAUACCAAAGGCCCACCUACUCCAGCAUCCAAUGCUCACAGGGGUUCUCUACAGGUAACAGGAUGCUUCUCACUUGUGAAUCUUUGCAACAGACACUGGGGCUAAUACUUGGCCAUCAUGCCUAGUAACCAGAUAGCCUUCAUGAAUUUUUAUUAGCCCUAUUUUAAAGUCAUGCAAGUUAGUGGCCAUUACUAAAUAUUGUGGGUGCAAACUCAACACUUCCAGCUACGCACUGUCUUUAAUCUUCCACUAUUACUUGACUGCAGUUUCUCCCCUAGCCCUGAAUAAUUCUAUAAACAUUCAUCAUUCUCCAUCCCUCAAUUUACUCUCCAUUUUUUCUAAAGCAAACAGCUCCAACUGUUGGAACAUUUUCUCAUAUUUAUGUACUUCCAUGCCUUGAUCAUUUUGGUUGCCAUUUCCUGAUUCUUCUCUGGUUACAUUUCCCAUCUCUCAUAGGAAGCAAUGUAUUCUCAAGAGGAUACAUGUACAUAACCUUAAGAAAAGAAAAUAUGCUUAUUGCUUCAAGAACUAUUUUCUCCUACAUACAAAUAUAACUAAUUGACUCAGAUUCUAUAAUCAGGUGACAACUCUUGUCGUUUUGGUGGACUACAACUCUCAUCACCCCUGGCCAAUGCCCUUACUAGCUGGGGUUGCUGGAAGUUUGAGCCAAGCAACAUCUGAAGAGCACCAUAGUUGACUGCCUGUUUUAAACCCAUGAUCUUGCAGGGAUAUAUCCGGCUAAGACUGGAACAUGUCCAAUGUCCGUCCACCAUCCAUCAUCCAGUUGGUAGCACUGCUGCACAGAUGGACACUUUUUUUGGUUCCUAAGAACACCACUCUAUAGAACGUUAUCUUUAAUCCUCACCUUCACCAGCUGUGACCAGGGCCAGGAUUAAAGGGCCUGUGUGCAAAGUGCCUUCUGGUUCCUUUUAUCCAAUUGUGUUUCUGCUCUGAGCUGUACCAGGCCUACUGAGUCUAACCACCAUUUGUCUGUCCAGCAGUUCUCCCAAUACAACAUUGCUCUGAGACAUUGUGGAAAGCUAGGAAGAUCCUGCCACUGCAUACCCUAGCUUUAUUUCCCACAAGGCCCAUUAGUGUUCCUGUGUCAGUUGGGUGUUAAAAGCAAGAAGCCUUUUUUUAAUGGGAGGGGGGCAGCUAGAGUGUGGCAACAGGCACUGCAAGGAUGUUGACUCCCAACAUUAUUUCUGACAGGAUGUACAUUUGUCAGCAAAUGUUUUCCACGGCUGGAUUUUCAAAAGUUUGUGCAGCUUGCACAAAUGACAUUGCAGAAGUGCAGCAGUCCAAUAUACCAGCAAUUCCUAGGUCAUAAUUUGCUUGAUUUCAGUUAAAAUGUCAGCUGUGUGCAAUACAGGAAUUAGCGACUUUCCUGUAGUUCACAAUGCAUUGCCUUGGCAGUGAUUCAAAUGGACUAUUUCCCAUCCUGGCUCUAUAAAAUAAUUCGUUCAUUGUGGAUUUGCACAAGAAUACCAGUUUGAAAAUGCCCAGGAUAGUGGGAGACAGACCUUGUUCAUAUCUGCACCUUAAAAACACCAGUGGAUUCUGUUAAAACAGUGCAUAUGUUUAUUAUUAAUCUACUCUGUACUGGGUUUUUACCACCAUGGUUGCUGUAUACAGAUGUUUGAUGGGGUGGGGUGGGGAACAGCAGAGGAAAUAAAAACACGGAUUUUCCUU